UAUAUUGUGUGACAGCAUUCAAAUAAAUUGCCUUAAAAUGUUUUAUUUUAGUUUAUUUUUAUUCUGUGUAUUACAGUUUGAGCCGACGGACGAGGCCAAGGCUUUUAUAUUACCUCCAUUCGGUAUCGUUGGACAGGCGAUGAUUGUGAAGUGUAAACUGACACUUCGUGAGGAUGAAGAGGACAAAGUAGCCAAACUUCCAUUCCUGUUUCAAGCAAGAACCGAGAAGACGUCCACAUCGCCGAAGAAAGACGUGAUUUGCAGGAUCGACAACUGGUUAAGCUGUGCCAAACGGUUGCCAAACGCCACGAGGGAGCUGAACGAUAUCAAGGAGGACCACUGCAACUGUGGCUACAGAACUAAUCAGGAACCCUACCAAUUCACCUUUUUCUACUAUCUGCACAAUUUAACGGACGCGUACACCAGGUUCUCGUGUGCCCUGGAAAACGUGGAAAGAGCGGAGACGGUUGGUGUAGCAAUAGCAGCUUUCACUGACGCACCGGAUUCAACAACCUACAUGUGCGAGAGUGGAACGAUACCGUUAAUAUGGACCGUGGGCAUUUCUUACAAUAGUCCGUUCAAGAUCAGAAAAGUGGAAUAUCAAUUGAAAAACUCUGUGUUCUACAACUCAGGGAAGAUAAUCGUGGAAGGCGGAAAAAUCACAUCAAGGUUUAAAGAGGACACCCAGAGGAGAUACAACAUCACCUACGAGGGCGGGAGAAACAUCCCAGUUCUAAUUAUAAACGACCUCAUAGAGGGCGACAGCGGAAAAAUAAUCGUCCUAGUUUUUAUCGAACCCGAGGAGUGA